AAUCUUAUAAUAACUGAGUUAAAAUGAAAGUUUUAAUUUGUGGAAUAAUCUGUUUAUUCGCUCUUUGCGAAGCUAAUCCAUUAAUUCCAUCUAGUCAUGAUGUAGUGUCAAGAGCUUUAGAGAGCAUUGAUUAUAAUAAUAUCGUCCCCAGGGAAUUGAUCACUAGACUGAAGUUUUUAACUGAAACUGAUAUCUUAGGAGGCAGCGAAAUUAAAGUAGUUCUAAAUCAAUAUGCAGAUACAAUAUUCAAUAAUUUACAGAAUUUUAUAAGAAACCACAACUGGCAGAAUAUCGAUAUUCCAGAUACGCACCUGAAGAUAACUGGUGGGAGUGUAGAUUUAACUAGAGGUAAUUUAAAUGACCUUGAUACAAUUUCUAGAGGCGGAGAUGUUAUUCUUACAUACGAAGGGGAUAACAAAAAACUUGUUAUUGAACUACCAAUUACUUUUGGAGAUUUACGAUUCCACUAUCAUCACCACACCAAAGCAUUAUUCAUUAGCAUGAGUGGCGAAAUUGACGGUACUGUUCAACAUGUACAGAUAUCUGCUAUAGCAAGUUUAGACCUUAAUGCUAACACUAUUUUCUUGGAUCAUUAUGACAUGAAACAUUCUGGAGAUGUUAGUGUUCAUUUUUCUGGAAAUCCAGUAGUGGACUGGUUAGCCAACGCACUUAGUGCGGUAGUAACCACUUUCAUGGGACAAGUUAUUGUUAACGUUAUGGCCAAAUUCAUUAGAGACAACCUAAGAGCUGUUAUUGAAAAACUCAACGAAGCUAUUGCUGAUAUUAUUAAUAAUUAAAAACUUUUAUUUAUUUCAAUUAUAUUCUUAACAAACUAAAAAAAUUAUAUUAAAUGUUUAUUAAAUA